AUUUAACGCUAGACAUCCCCUUUUCUAGCUUCGGGUUAAAUGCUAGUAUGAUCCGGGCUCGAUUUUAAUCGUGGAAUGCGCCUUUCUUCCCCCAUCAAAUGCCAACAAAAGGGAAUGUUUGUACUGAUUCGCGUUUGCCGUUUGCCGUUCCUGCUUGCUUUUUCUUCGCUUGUCCAAGGUCAAUCUACGAGCUCAAUGCCGGCGCUGGUAGUUGUGCCAUUCCUCCUCGGGCCGAUGGGGCCGACGGCCGUUGGGCUCCUGCCUGAGAGAGACAGGGGAGACAGCGACGCGUCUCUGCUGCUGUUUCUUCUACCACCAUUACUGCGCCCCCCCGCCUCCGUCUGACCAUAUCGCCUUGCAGUCUGCAGAAUAGUAGGAGAACUAAUAAUUGCAGUUAAAAAAAAAAGAGAGAGAGGGGAUUGUUUAGCUCGUCAGAUCCUGCCGCUUACCAUUUCUUGGAUCAGUUGGGGAGGAUGGUGUCUUCGUUUCGAUCCUUUUUCUUCCUAGUCAAUUUGGGGCAGUUUGUUUACCAUACAAAGGUGGCAUCUUCUGCUCUUUGAUCUAAUAUGUGGAUCCAGUGCCAAAUUGGAUCGAUUGAGGUCCAAGCACCAUGGGGCUCUUAGGUAUGAUGGGCGACUCGUUUGGUUGCUCGGCGACCGGGGAGCGACUUGUCUCUGCUGCAAGAGAUGGAGACAUCCAGGAGGCUAGAGCCCUCUUGGAACUCAAUCCCCGCCUUGCACGGUACUCGACUUUCGGGAUCCGGAACUCGCCUCUCCAUUACUCGGCAGCAAAGGGCCACCAUGAGAUUGUCUCCCUCCUAAUCGAAUCCGGCGUUAAUAUUAACCUUAGAAAUUGCAGAGGACAGACUGCUCUGAUGCAAGCUUGUCUAUAUGGUCACUGGAAAGUUGUACAGAUUCUAGUUCUUUUUAAAGCUAAUAUUCACAGGAGAGAUUGUUUUAGUGGCGCGACCGCUAUUCAUUUUGCCGCCCUAAAAGGUCAUACUCGGUGCAUUCGGCUUCUUGUGGCUGAUUACGUGCCUAGUUUGUCAGAGUUUUGGACCAUUAUGCGUGCAAAGUCCAAAGAUCAAAUGAAAAAGGAUGCCUUUGAUGCCGUGGCUCUCCAGAGACUAGUUAAUGGAAAGUCGGAUGGUGGCGUCACCCCGCUUCACUUGGCAGCCCUUCAUGGGCAUGCUGAGAGUGUGCAGCUGCUGUUAGACCUUGGAGCCUCCGUCUCUGAGGUUACUGUCAAUGAUGGUUCAACUAUUGACCUCAUUGGUUCAGGGAGCACACCCCUCCAUUACGCGGCAUGUGGUGGAAGUGCUGUUUGCUGCCAACUUCUCAUUGCAGCAGGAGCAAACAUGGGAGCUCAAAAUGCUAAUGGGUUGACUCCUUUAUUGGUGGCUCGUUCGUGGCACAAAACUAGUAUUGAAGGUAUUCUAAGCAAGCAACCAGAAAAUCGAAUGCGUAUUCUUCCUUCACCAUACCUUUGUCUACCACUGAUGAGCAUUGUCAAAAUUGCCCGGGAAUGUGGAUGGAGGAAAACUUCUGCCUCAUCCACUUGUCAGGAUCCAUGUGUCAUAUGUUUGGAGGUGGAAUGCACUGUAGCUGCAGAAGGUUGCGGCCAUGAGUUUUGCACCAAAUGUGCACUCUACUUGUGCUCCACCACUAGCAGCUCAACAUCCAUCCGCGGAGUUCCUGGCUCCAUAUCCUGCCCUUUGUGUCGGCAUGCCAUUGUCUCCUUCAUGAGGCUCACCAGCACUACCCCAAUAAAGGAGCUUCCAUGGACAAGUGCAUCGCUAGCUCUAUGUGCAGCAGGCGCAAGCACUGGUCCUGAUCAUGGCAGGUCCUUGCAGCGACGGAGUGAUAUGCGUCGGUUGCGCUCGUCCUCAGUUCAGCUGGGAUGCUCUUCUUUUAUAUCCAUUGGCUCUGGGAAGCUGUCAUCCAUAAAGCUGAACUGCACAGGAGCUGAAGAGGCAGUGCCUUGCCUCGUCAGCUGCCUGAGGCCUGAUGUGCAGCGUUCAUCGUCAUACAGGGAAAGAAUUAGGAGAUAUUCGGAGUUUUGAAAAGAUGCCUUGUUGGUUUUGUGCCGUUCUUCCUGUGAGUUUUUAGGGUUUGGGAAUUUAAACUUGUGCAGUGUAUGUUCAAGGUUCUCUUGGUUUGUUUCCUUGUUAUGUAAUAUGAUGCAGUUCUUGUUGUGAAGAUCUGUUUGUGUACAUGGCCCGUGUUCAUUACUUAUAUGUGAAGUAUAUACCA